AUGGCCCUGAGGGUGCAAGGUACAAUCGGUCUAAAUCCGGAUGGUUUGACGGUGUCAUUUUCAAAGACUGGAUCGAAACGACAGUCGUAUCUUUUUUUUGAAAACAAAGAAGGAAAAAAGAUCCUGAUCGGAGACAACUUGUCUUCGCAUCUUUCCGUGGAUCUGAUUAAAUUCUGUAAAGAAAGGAACAUACAUUUUGUCUUUUUACCGGCGAAUUCUACGCAUAUAACCCAGCCGUUAGACUUAGCCUUUUUUAGGCCGAUGAAAUUAGCCUGGCGACAACUACUAGACAAGUGGAAGAACACUGACGGCAGAAUGUUAACAUCAGUGCCUAAAGGUUGUUUCCCGCGUCUUUUAAAAUUAUUGAUAGGCCAAUUAAAACCCAAUUCGGAAAAAAACAUCAAAGCUGGCUUCCGUAAAGCAGGAAUCAUUCCAUUAAAUGCGAAUGAAGUCUUGUCAAGAUUACCUACACUAAAUCAAGAAGCAGAUACAAAUAAAAAUGCGGUAGAUGAAUCUUUCCUGAAAAUUUUAAAAGAAAUGCGUUUCAGUACAAUGAAAAUUAGGGAACCAAAAUGUAAGAAAAAGUUAGAGGUAGUUUCAGGACGAAGUGUUUGUGGAAAUGAUGUAGAAAUGAUGCCCGAAGAAGAAAUACCAAAAAUUUGGAAAUUCGGUGGUUAUAAAGGAAAAGGAAAAAAGAGUAAAACACCAACACAAUCUCAAGAAGUUACCAACAGGAAUGUGCCUGACGAACCUAACGAUAGAAAAGAGCACCAAAGAGCAACAAAAACCUUUAAUUUGUUAUGUCUAAAAACAAAUCAGCAAGUAGACGAUGAGAGAUGGGAUGGGAAAGAAAAUGUUAUGCCAAUAUUACCGGAAGCUGGACCAUCAAGAGAUGUCAUUGGCCAAUAUGUAAAAAAUACGGAUGAGAGUGAUAAAUCUGUUGUAUUCCAAAACAUUCUUAGAGAAAAAGACUCAGGGUCAUUUAACGUAGAAGAUAUUCCUAUUGUUUUUGCUGACUCAUUAGAUUUACAAUAUCAAGACGAAGUGACUAUCUCAAGCUCAGACUUUUUAAAGCAAGAAGAGAUAAAGAAGGAUACUAAAAAAGAAAAAAGAAAUAAAAAUCAUAUCAGAUAUUAA